AUGCUGGCCGUCGAGGCUGACGAGGACGCUGACGAGGACGGCGGCGGCGGCGGCGGGCAGCGGGAGGAGGAGGACGUUUUUAUCCUGGGGGUCACAUGGGAGGGGUGGGACGGCACCGCCGGCGGCGCGCCGGAGGGCGUGGCGGUGGCGGACCUGGGGCUUUACGUGAUGGGGCACGAGGAGGAGUUUGUGGGCUGCGGCCACGGCGGGUGGCCCUACCUGAAGGCAGCGUUCGUGCGGGAGUGGCAACUCGGGGUCUACGCCCAUCGCAAGGGGACCGAUGAGUAUGUAAUGCUGGCCGGGCUUGGCGAGGGAAGCUUCCAGGGCGAGGGGGGCCGCGCCGCUGACCUGGCGCAGACCGACAUGGCGUUCAAGGCGGCCGUGCCGCUGCUGCCGGGGGACGAGGCGAACUUUGUGACGGGCCUCGCCAUCGAUUACAGCAACACGGACACGUUGGAGCACCCGCGGGACCCCGAGAAGAACCUGCCAGACGUCCCUGGAAGCUGCGUGCUGCUGCUAGCCACAAUCGACGGCGCGCUGCGCCUGUACCGCCUGGCCAACUUCCAGAAGCGGGACGGCCUUGCGCGCGCCCCGGAGCCGCUGCCGGUCGGCGCUGCGCCGUGGGUCGCGCAGGCGGUCGCGGCGGCCAAGCGGGGCGCGGCGGAAGAGCAGGAGGUGUGCAUUUGUGUGUUUUGA